AAGGAGCUCACCUCUUCUCGAAGAGAAACUAGUGACAUGUGCUGUGAUUUAACGAAAACAUUUCGUUUUUUAAAUUUUUAACGUAUUUUUUAAAAAUCAUAAUCACCGAUUUUCCUCCAGUUUCAUUUAAAAAAUUGUUUAAAAAUUCUCAACAAUGGCUUCAGAGGCUUCACCGGGCGGAGGCGACAGAAGGAUUUUCAUGCCCAUUCGGUAUGUCAUGGCAGUACUGGGUUCCAUCGGUCUGGCCAUCAUCUACGGGUUCAAGGUGAACGUCAGUAUCGCAAUCAUAUCAAUGGUGAAUCACACAGCCCUGAAUGACGGCUCAAAUUCGACUGACGGACCGUUCGCUUGGGACAAGAAAACCCAGGGGCUCAUCCACUCGAUGUAUUUCACGGGGUAUCUCAUAUCCAUGAUCCCCAGUGGAAUUAUUGCCGAAAAAAUAUCCGCCAAGUGGGUGAUGAAUGUUGCGGUACUUUUCAAUGCUGUUGCGUCGAUAUUCAGCCCGGUGGCUGCGAAUAUCUCGCCUGCCGCUUUUGCGGCGAUGCGAUUGGUGCAGGGGCUUGGUGGAGGCGCAAGUUUCCCAGCAAUGCACGUGAUGAUAGCGAAAUGGGCCCCCCCGAAAGAGCGAAACGUCAUAGGCUCGAUCAUCUACGCCGGAACAGCCCUGGGGACCGUAAUAUCCAUCCUCCUGACGGGUUUAAUCGCCGCGGGCAUGGGGUGGAAGGCCGUGUUCUACAUCGAGGGUGCCCUGUGCUUCAUUUGGUUCACCGUCUGGUGGCUCGUCAUAGCGGACUCACCCGCGGACCAGCGGAGGUUCAUAUCGCUUCACGAGAAAAACUACAUCCUCAACUCCCUGGGCAACUCAGGGUCUCGACAUGGGACAGGCGGCCAACGCGUUCCACUGAGAAAAAUAUUCACGUCGAUGCCGUUCAUCGCUAUUCUCGUUGCACAUUUCUGCAGCAACUGCGGGUGGUACAUGCUGCUGACGCAAUUGCCUACUUAUAUGAACGAAGUUCUUCGGUUUGACUUGAAAACGAAUGCCGGCCUUUCAUCGCUGCCUUACUUCUGCAUGUGGCUGUUUACUUUGAUACUGAGUUAUGUCCUGACUAAAUUACAAGGGAGCGGAGUUAUUACUAUGACAUUUUCGAGGAAAAUUGGAACUCUCUUCGCCUCUGUAGUGCCGAUGGUCUGUCUCGUAAUCGUAUGCUACGUGGGGAAUGCCAUCGGCGCGGUCGCCCUGAUGACAAUUGGAGUGACGUGCAUAGGAGGAAUGUACUGUGGCUUCCUAGCAAAUCACAUAGAUAUCGCGCCUAAUUUCGCGGGGACUCUCGUAGCCAUCACCAAUGCAGUUGCCACGAUACCUGGGAUAGUGGUGCCAAUUGCCGUGGGGCAUCUAACGUCGAGCAAUGACCCCCAUGAGAAGCUAUUCGCCUGGAAAAUGAUAUUCUUCGUCACUGCCGUAUUCUACGUAAUCGAGAUCGUCGUCUACUGGACAUUUGGCACAGCUGUCGAGCAAUCUUGGAACAACACUGACUCCCCUCAUCCACAGACAGUGCCAUUAGAUAAAUACGAAGAGUAGAUUAAUUCACCGUAAAAUUACCAGGAAAAUUCGCAGGGCAAAGUGAAGACUUUUUAAUUAUUUCCCAAAUACGCAUAAUAUUUUUCACUCAUCUCUCAUUUCAUCAAUAAUUCGUCACACCAUUAACUCGAAGAAACUCAAAUCAGCAGUGAAGUGGUGAAACAGUUCAAGUCGACUCAUCUCCCAGUUGAGUUUUUGAGGAAUAUUUCCGGAUCUA